AUGAAUCUCAACUUGAAUUGCAAGGCGCUUGCCUAUCCUGCGUCUGAUCUGUCUCCCACCCAGCGCGUGUCGCCAUGUCCGUGUUUCCUUGUUUUCCGGUGUGAGGGUACGAAGCUCGCGACGCUGCUGCUGGUCGCUAGAAUACCGACGGCUCACGGCGAUGCGGAACUGCAAUUUGCGCUGCAGUAUGACGCCGAUAACUUGGUGCCGGGCCGUGUCAAGCUGUCGACGGGGAAGGGAACCUUGACGCAGGCACAGCUCGAUGGGAUAGUGGCGGCCAAGGGUAAGGGCAAGACGCGACCGGACUUCAAGACGCUCGACAUGUCGAUUAUGCGCCCGUCGCCGGUUUGGUGUCCUGCGGGCACGCCAGUAGUCAGCCCAAAGCCAGGCUGUGAGCCUGCCUUCCAGCGGCUAAUGGACCUUGCCAAAGCCACGACGAUCCACGUCAUAUUCGACUUCGGCCAGCUAUCUGUGCACAAGGAGCACCUGAGCGCGUUCAAAGCGUUCAGUAAGGCGGCCAAGGGCCUGGCUGGCUUCCCUGUCGAUGGCCUGCUCGUUGACCAAGGGCUGAGGAAAGCGAGCUGGCAGGUAUUUGCACCUCUUGAAGUGAAUGGAGCCAAUGAAGUGGAUGCAGCGCCGCCUGCGUAUGAAGGUUCUCGCGCCCGCAAGCGCCCCAGGCAGGGUACGUUCUCAAACAUCUCACCCCUCCUGCCGCCGCGGUCCUGGACGCCUCAGUCGCCGACCGGCUCGCACUCGUCGGCGAAGACGAUACCGAUCAGCCCAGCAACAGAAGCCGCCGCCGUCGCACGUGCGAGAACUGAAUACCACACCGACUAUAUCAGCGCCCUCGUCGACGACCGCCUCGCCGCCCACCUUGCCAAAGCAAACGCUCAGCAUGCAGCUGCAACUGAAGCCGCCAUCGACGCCGCGGUCGCCAAGCGCAUUGCCGACCACCUCGCCGGUCCUGUGCACGCUGCAACCGUCACCGCCGCAGUGUCCACCCGCCUCGACUCCGCCGUACAAUCCCACCUCCCCACCGCCUUGAAAUCCCUCCUCGCCCAUCCCUCCCCGCCUGCUCAGUCCCCCACCCACGAAACCCGCGGCAACCGCUCCCCCCCCCUCCCCGCCCUCACUCCGCUAGCGCGCUCCUUCCUGCCCCACCUGCGCACGCAUCUCACCGCCCAAUUCGCGCUCCUCCAAGAGCAGCAACUCCAGCACUUCGCCCAACAAGUCAGCGACAAGAUGGACGAGGUCGAGAUGGCAGCAGCAGACGCUCGAGUAGCACAACAGGGCGAGUUUGAGACGGAGAUGGACGAGUACAUGGCGGAGAUGGGGCUAUUAAGGCGCGAUGCGGUGCGUGACAUGUGGGAGGAAGGCGAGCAGAUAUUAACUCGGGGGAGGGAGGAGUUUGAGACGUUGGGCGAGGAGAUUGAGGAGACCCUCUUCAACCUUACCGAUAGCGUGGCGGUGAUAGGUGAGGGGAUCGAGAAGUUGGGGAGGUUCAAGUUGAGGAAGAUGGUGAGGGAGGAGGUUGCGAGGCAGGUGAGAUGGGAGAGACAGAAAAGGAGGGGGGUUGGCAUGGGGAGGGUGCCGAGGGGAUGGGGCAGGUGUCUGUUGACGCACCCAGAUCCGAAGUUAUUAGGGCGGAGGAGGUUGGCGGAGGGGGAGUGGGAGGCUGUGUGAUGUGUCGAAUACCUCGGUGUGGAAUCUCACUUGCAUAGCGCCUUUGUAUGUGCGGGCAUCUAUCGUAUCUGUGGCAAUUCCUAGCUACUUGAAGAUUGCGUCCUCGAAACGCUCAUCUGCCACGACAGCAUGUUUUUUUGCUCAACGUACGCGCUUGAGAUGCCAGCUUGUUCGAUAGACAACAGGCUUUGCGUCCCUAUUUUGGUAAUGCAUGCAGUUCACGACG